GCCCUAGUGACUAUAUCAAAAACAGAAUAACAGGACCAGACAGCCUUGGCUACAACUUUUUCAGAGGUGAAGCGGUGCUUCUCUGCUGCCAGGAUUAUAUUUCUCCUCCUCUCUGCCUGUGUGACAAUGUGGUGCCGUGUCUCGCUUAUCGGCGCUGAACCACCGUGACAGACUGGAGCUGGGCUGCCCCAAAAUGGUGGCAUUUACUUCCCAAAAGCACAACUGGAAAAGUCAUUUACACCACAGGGAGUGAGUGAAAAGGUGAAAGGACCAGAGAUGUGAGGGUCAGUAGAGGUGGACAUGAGAUUGGAGACAGAGCACAGCAGAGUGUGGAAAGAACUCAUCGUUUUCCCAUUUGCACACAUAACUGACAAAAGUAUCCACAUCUGUGAUGAUCUGCUUCCUGGACCCGGCUGUGCCAGGACUGUGGUCCGGCCCGCUGGUCAUGGAUCAUUUGGAACUUGUGCUUAUCGGCACUGGGCAUGGUGCCCUUUAUCCAGUUCCACUGUGGAGAAAUAAAGCCCAGCAGCUCAGUGCUGAACAAUGGCUCUAGCAGCAAUGUGCUGACUCCUGCCCCGACCGACAGGCCCAGCUGCUUUUCAGCACCAGCAUGUAUAAAUAGGUCCGUUUACUCCGGGGUCAGAACAUCGUUUUUGUGGAGCCCCCUGUGAGCACUGCACUGCUAUUCUUUGGGGCCGAUCAGGUUAAUCCGCACUGAAAAACACAGUAGCAUGGCUCUGAAUAAUCCUACCCCACUGGGACCAUGGAAGAUCACAGUUUAUGACCAGGAGAACUUCCAGGGGAAGCGUCUGGAGUUUACCUCAGCCUGCCAGAACAUCAUGGAGUGCGGCAUGGACAACAUCCGCUCCCUGAAGGUGGAGUGUGGAGCCUGGACAGGAUAUGAGCACUCCAGCUUCUGUGGACAGCAGUUUGUGUUGGAGAGAGGAGAGUAUCCUCACUGGGAGUCAUGGAGUGGCAGCAAUGCCUACCACAUUGAGAGGAUGAUGUCCUUCCGCCCCAUCUGCUCUGCUAACCACAAGGAGUCCAAGAUGGUGCUGUUUGAGAAGGAGAACUUCAUGGGACGCCAGUGGGAGAUAAACGAUGACUACCCCUCUCUGCAGGCCAUGGGCUGGGGCAACAAUGAGAUUGGAUCUAUGCAAGUUCAGAGUGGCGCCUGGGUGUGCUACCAGUUCCCUGGUUACCGUGGUUACCAGUACAUCAUGGAGUGCGAUCGUCAUGGCGGCGAGUACAAACAUUAUAGAGAGUGGGGCUCCCAUGCUCAGUCCUUCCAGGUGCAGUCGCUGCGUCGAAUCCAGCAAUGAAGACCUGCAGCCUCCUCUCCCCGACCUCUCACUCUUUACCUCCUCCAGCUCCUCCUCCUCCUCCUCCUCCUCCUCCUCCUAUUCCUCCCAUCACCCAGUCAUUCCAGCACUCCCAGGUGCUUCACCAUCAAAAUGUUUACAGCACUUUUGUUUUGUUCUGUUGCCAAAUGAAAAUAA